AUGAGCUUUGAUGUCCCCAGCCACUUCGGCGGUGACGAAGACUUCCCGUACGACGUGGAAAAUGAUUUCUGGGGUUUCACCGAGCACCUCGAUGACUACAAGCCCGGCGGUCUUCAUCCCAUUAUCCUCGGCGACCGACUCGGCGACAACGGUCGCUUCCGUGUCGCACACAAACUUGGCCAUGGCGGCUACGGCACUGUCUGGCUGUGCCAGGACACACUCUCUUCGCCCCCGAAGUGGAGAGCAGUGAAGGUUAUGUCCGCCAAAGAGUCCAGACCCAACUGCGCUGAGCUGCGGGCCAUGGAAGCCUUCGGCGACAUCAACAGCUCCACCAUCGAGAGCGACUUCCACGUCUCCGCCCCCCUGGAGCACUUCUGGAUUGACGGCCCCAACGGCCGCCAUUUGGCCCUCGUCUUUGUGCUCUGCGCUGACACGGCCAAUGGUAUGUUCAGCAUCUACGGCCAUAACCGCGCGCUGGUCAAGGACCUCUGCUUCCAGCUCGCCAAAUCUCUUCAACUCAUUCACUCUCGUGGCCUCUGCCACGGCGACUUCCGACCCGAAAACAUCCUGGUCCGCCUCUGCGAUGGCGUUGACUGCCUCUCCGAAGAAUCCCUCCUCAAGUCCUUUAACAACGGCGGCAAACCCGACACCGUCCGUAUCAUCUCCCUCGAAGACGAAAAGCUCAUCAAUCGGGCCUCAGUCCCCUCUGUUCCCGAACAGAUCGUCAGCCGCGCAACCAUCGGCUUUCACAGCGGCGUAUGUGCCGCUUCCCUCGCCAUCACCGACUUUGGCGUGUCUUAUUCCCCUCUUGACCCACCCCAGGAAGGCGCAACAGGCAUUCCCUUGGACUAUGCCUCUCCCGAGGAGCGGUUCCGACAGCGAGAACUCCUCGGGCCUUCCUCCGACAUUUGGGCCCUGGGCUGCUGCAUCCUCAACCUGGCGUUGAACUUCACGCCUUUCGCUCACAUAGAGGAAGGCGACGAUGACGACGUGCAUGCUGCCAAGAUGGAGGAUCUGAUGGGACCCAUGCCGGAGCCAUUUAGGGCCGUGUACAAAGAGGAGCACAAGCAGCAGCCAAAGUGGAGGUGUUUCAACGUGGACGUCGCCAACUCAGACGAGAUCCAGGAUGGCGAGCUGAAGCCCAUUACUGAGGUACCGCCAAUACGCCCAAGUAUUGGAGUAGAAGAGAAGAACAGAAUGGAAGCUGUCGUGAAGGCGGAAACGUCUAAGAAGAGCGAAUGCGUAAUGCGUCCCGGCCAGGACAAGCUCAUGCGGCGGAUGAUGGCCGAGACUGGCUUUUCGCUGACAAAGGAGGAAGUGGAGGAGAUGACGAAACAAUGGGAGCUAUGGCAGCAGAAGAGCAAGGACAAGAAGGUUGGACAACAGCAACUUCCUUUUAGCGAAGAGAGGAGGAAGGGUAUGAACCCCGAUUAUGACCGCUAUGUCCGCUUCACGCCGGACAAGAAUGAGGUGGACGAGUUGUUUGAUCUACUCGGGUCCAUCUUCAAGUGGCAUCCCAAGGACCGGGCGACAAUUGAGCAGGUGCUGAAUCAUCCGUGGUUUGAGGGACGGAAUCGGCAUACUGCAAAGGUGCCAUCUCCGGUUACAACCAAGAAGAGCGUGGUGGAUGAAGCCAUUGGGAGCGUCAAGUCGUACCUUUAUGUCAACGUCACCAGCCGCUGGGCUCAGGGACUCUCUUAGGAGGGGAUGUCCCGGGUCAUGGCUGUUGGCGUGGGCGCUUUGGCGGGUUUGGUGUCCAUGAUUGGACUUGGGAAGCUGGUGAGAGAUGGAAG